AUGAACGGAACACCUAAGAAGGCAGUCUCCUCCGACACCCUCACAAUCCCACUAAUAGACUUCUCAACCUUCGUCUCCGGAUCACCCCAAGAACGCCUGGCAACAGCCCAAGCAAUACUCAGCGCCUUCCAAACCUCAGGCUUCAUCUACAUAUCGAACCACGGCAUAAAUCCGCAAGCAAUAAAAUCAACAUUCUCCCUCAGCGCCAAAUUCUUCGCCCGCUCCCAAGCCGAGAAGGAAUCUCUGGGAUGGCAAGGCCCCGAGUCCAAUAGAGGGUACUCGCAACCUGGACGGGAGAAGACGACAGACCUAACUAAUGCCUCGGAUAUCGAGGCAAAACGAGCGGAGGAAGGAGCGGACCUUAAGGAAUCCUUCGAGAUAGGACGAGAGGGUGUGGAGGGGUGGCCAAACAUGUGGCCGACCAAUUCCCAUCCUGAUGAUGGAGAGGGGAGGGAGUUCAGGGAACAUAUGCUGACGUUCCAUGACGAGUGUAAAGGGCUGUAUGUGCAGGUCAUGAAAUCCAUCGCCGUGGGCUUGGGGAUCGAGGAAAGGUGGUUCGAUGGGUAUUGUGACGGUGGCGACAACACGCUCAGAUUAUUACAUUAUCCCGCGGUCUCGAGCAAAGUAUUCAAGGAGAAAGUUGGGACUGUGAGGGCAGGGGCGCAUACUGAUUAUGGUUCCAUAACCCUCCUCUUCCAAGACACAGCCGGCGGCCUCCAAGUCCUCUCCUCCUCCAACACCUACAUCGACGCCACCCCCAUCCCCAACACAAUCGUGGUCAACGCCGCGGACCUCCUAGCCCGAUGGUCAAACGACACGAUCAAGUCAACGAAACAUCGGGUCGUGCAGCCUCCCGCUGCUAAAGGAGCAGAGGAGGUCGAGGUGCAUCCGGCACGGUAUAGCGUGGCGUACUUUUGCAAUCCGAAUUUCGAUGCGUUUAUUGAUGCGAUACCCAGUACCUAUAACGACGCGCGCCCGAAGAAGUAUGAAGGCAUUAAUAGUGGCGAAUACCUGGCUCAAAGGCUGGCAGCGACGUAUUGA